UUGCAUAUCGAAUUCACUUAUAUUUUAUUUGUCUUAACGUUACACAAAGAACAUAGUGGACCAUUUUUUAAUGUUCAGCUAUGUUUGGUUUGUGCUGUUUAACUUUAAAAAGACUGCAUGUAAACAAAUCAGUGAGAUUACUUCACCGUAAGAAACACCUUAUUUUCUCAGAAAAUACUCUAAUUUUAGGAAUUGAGACAUCAUGCGAUGAUACGGGCUGUGCUAUAGUCAAUGGUGCUGGUAACAUAUUAGGAGAAUCAUUAUAUUCACAAAAUGUAAGGCAUCUAAAAUAUGGGGGAAUAAAUCCUACAAUAGCUCAUGAACUACACCGUGACAACAUUGCAAAGGCGGUUAACGGAGCACUAGAUGCAGCAUGUAUUCGUAUGGAUAGCCUAGAUGCGAUAGCAGUUACUGUCAAACCUGGUUUAAUGAACAGUCUUGAGGUGGGUGUCAGAUAUGCAAAACAUCUUUCGAGAUUGCAUAAUAAACCCUUAAUACCUAUACAUCACAUGGAAGCACAUGCUCUUGUGGCCAGGAUGUACUAUGACAUUCCUUUUCCCUUCUUAGCCUUGUUAAUAUCAGGUGGCAAUAGUCUUCUAGCAGCUUUCAGAGAUGUUGAUGAUGUACUCUUGCUCGGUGAUACUCUAGAUAAUUCACCUGGAGAAAUAAUGGACAAGGUUGCUCGCCGCAUGAAACUCAGAAACAUCCCGGAGUACUCACAAGUUGCUGGCGGAAGAGCAAUAGAGCUGGCUGCAAAAAAGGCUGAUAAGCCUCAUAUGUUUGAGUUCCCAUUGCCAUUGGUGAAACUUAGAGAUUGUAGUUUCAGCUUCAGUGGACUGAAGGAUUUUGUUGAAAGAAAAUUAAAGGAGAAAGAAUCUGAACACAGAAUCAUAGGCGAUGAAAUUAUUCCAGACAUAAACAACUUAUGUGCAGGUUUUUUGCAUGGUGUAGCUGAGCAUAUAGCACACAGGACAGAGAGGGCUGCAGCGUUUUGUGAAGCUAACAAAAUUAUAUCUUCUAAUAAGAGCAUUGUAGUUUCAGGUGGAGUUGCUUGUAAUGAUUAUAUAUUUAAUUCUAUCAAGGUUAUUGGUGACAAGAGAGGGUAUCAAGUUUACCAUCCACCACCCAGAGUAUGUACAGAUAAUGGUGUUAUGAUAGCCUGGAAUGGGAUAGAGAAACUGAAACUUAAGAAAGAUUGUGCUAUGUUGAAUUCUGAUGUUAUAGUAGAUCCUUAUGCAACACUUGGAAAAAAUAUUAUAAAUGAUGUUAAAGCUGCUAACAUACAAAUAAGGGUCACAAGAAUCAGAAAGAAAAUGCCACAUUUAUCCUCCUGAGACCCAGAAGCAUAAGUGUUUAUUUUG